GUCCUCGGUUGCUAGGAGACGAUGGCGCUGCAAUGAUGAUGACGGGAUAUAGCGACAAGACUGUAUAGGAUGGACACAGGCGGCGUGCACACGAGCAACUGUUUUCCUGCUAGAAACCUUUUCCGAACAAGUCAUGGAGGGGCUGGACAUUGGCUGGUUUCACAGAAGACCCCGCAGGAGAAUAACUUCCGGACGGUUGUCUGUUCUGCCUCCUCGGAUCAGAAGAGAAGUUUGGAGAUCCGAGACGUUCCACACCGAAGCAGGAGCUGCCCCUCGGACAGGACGGGGCGUACACCCAAAUAUGUAUUGGAUGCAGCAUUUCUGAUGAAAGUUCAUCGCAUAAAGGAUCCCUCCGACCUGUGCUCUGUGGAUGUCAGCGACAAACGCCUGACUGCGGCCAGGCCAGAGGAGUUUGUGCCGUUUAAUAGCGUCGCUUACAUCAACGCAACCGAGAACGCGCUCGCUUUAGAGCAUUUUCGGACAUUUGUACAACUCAGAGAACUCGAGCUGCCUUUAAACAAGAUCCGGUGUAUAAAAAUCGAACCCGGGGAUUUCCCACAUCUUGAGGUGCUGGAUCUAUCAUACAACAGCCUGUCUCCAGGUGACAUUACACAGCUUGGGGUACUCCCACGACUCAGAGUACUCUACCUAUCAGGAAAUGAUCUGACUCAGCUGCCCCCCGACCUGACCGCUCCGCCAUGGAAUGGUGACAACAAUAUGACAAUGUUUCCAUGUCUGGAAAUUCUGAUGUUGGAUAACAAUAGACUAUCACACCCAUCCGUAUUCGUGAGCCUGGCUGGACUUAAAAGUCUACGUCUGCUGAACCUGGACAGUAAUGGGAUCACUGCAGUUCCGUUCCUACAUCAGUCUGAGAGCAGCCUGCAGGGCGGAGAGGCAGAGAAUAUGGACACCACUGUGGGGGGUAGUGACAAGACCCCAGAGAUGAGUGACAGAGAGGAUUCUCUAUAUCAGGGGAUGGAGGAGAAGCUGCACUACAUGGUCCUACCCAGUACCAAGGAUCCAGAUAGGACAGAGGUGAUAUUCCCAUCCAUCCAGAGUGCCAAAUCUUCUAAUACGUUCCCAAAGCCCCCAGAGACCACCAUCAGUUCCUCCAUCCUGCCCAGCUUCCUGCUGUCCUCCACAGAAGAGCUAAUCGAGUCCUUCACCCCUCCACUGCCGAACCUGACAACCCUCAGCCUGGCUGACAACAAGAUAGAACAUGAAGAGGACCUGUUAGCCGUGGCUCUGUUCCCGUCACUGGAGGAGUUAGUGAUCCAUGGGAACCCGAUGACUACCCGCUGGAAAGGAGAUCCGCGCAUGCUGAAGAGCUUCCUCCAAGAACGCCUCGGGGUGAAAAUCACUCGGAAAAAAAUGGCGGCGGUUAAUAAACCUCACCUGGUGAUUCCAAUCAGAGAAACGAGAAAGGUCAGCACGCACCUCCCCAAAAUCCCCAAGCAGCCUCUGAUGAUUGAGCCUUCACUACAUCCCUUCCUGAGACAGUUUGGUCAUGACAGUGACAUGACAGAACAUGUGAUGUCAUCAAGUCCUCUCCCUCCAAUCAGAACUUCUUCAGAGAGAGAUGGAGACACCACCAUGGGGCAGGAUCGGGAAUCCAGCAGAGUGCAUGAAUUAUCGGAGGAGGAGAUUGAUUUUGGCUCUGAAGCAGCCCCUGAGUCCGUCUUCAUGACGCAGGUGGACGAUCAGGUGGAUCACCUGCGCUGCACCAGCUCAGGCACCACCCACGAGGAACAAGAUGUGGAUUUCAACCAGAACCUAGAACAUCUGGAUAUUCCAGAGAAGUUCCGGGGUUAUGAGGAGUUCUACGACGUGAAGACCGACCCUGAUUUUAUAGAACCAAGCGGUAUACAGAACAAUGUCCGCGCUUUGGAGUACGCACUGAGGCGCCUGCAUGUGCACCACGACUGUAAGCCUAUACUGGGCAGCAAUCAGAAGCCGUACAUCCCUCAGGAAAGCCAGCGUGAGAAAGAUCUUCAUCCAGUAUCCUGGAAGAGUAAGAAAGAGGUCUUUGCAGAUGUCCUAACGAGUAUGAGAGAACGGCGCCAUCUGGUGGAGGUUCCUCUGGAAUCUGCCUUGGAGAAGAAUAAAAGCAGCCGAGAACACAAAGAGGCGAGGCGUUUGAUGAAAGAUCUUCAUCAGAGAUACGACUUCUUCCAAUCUGAAGCCGUGAAAUUUGCCGCUGAGCUGGAAGGCGAACUUAGAGACACGGCCAAGGAACUGCUAGAGGCUCAGGGAAAACUAGGACACUGGAACAUCCAACAUGGACUGAGACAUAAACCAAAGAGCCCCCCCAAGUGACCACUCAGCGUGUGUACACCAUGGAGGUAGCCAUACUGGGUGACCCUCUAGGCAGCCAUUCCAUUGGCUAGGAAUUGAUGGUCUCAUUAUGGUAGGAGACCAAUUCAUGGGCUGGAUAGUGUCUUUAUCACCAUAACACUUCCAAGCUGUUUGGAGAGACGCGCACAGCACACCCAAGAACAAAAAUUGUACUAUAUUGCAGAUUACCAGUCUUUAGAUGUUGUGGUUGCCCUUUUUUUGGGGCUUUUCUUCCCUUUAUUUUUACCCAGUAAUCCUGCCAUUAACACACUACCUGUGCCAGGGUGAGGUGACAACGCUCACUCGCUGUACCGUAUCUGUGGAGGAGCAGGGUUGUCACCCUAGGAGAAGUUCUGUAAUUCAUUGAAGUAGCCCCGUGCAGGUCUGAUAAGACAUGUUGUUGGCUUACUACAGGACAUUAGGCACUUACUAGGCAGGAUCAGCAGAUAUAUUAUGCACCUGUUCAACAGAUAUAAAAUCUAUUUUAAAAUGUAAUAGACCAAAAGGGAGCAAAUAGGAGAAGUCUAUUGUUAGGAUUUACAUACAGCGAUCAACCAAAACAUUAAGACCACCCACCAUAACCCAUCGAAACAUGGCCUCCACUAGACCUCUGAAGGUAUGAUGUGGCAUCUGGCACCAAGCUGCCAGUAGCAGAUCCUUUAAGUUGUGACGUGUGUCCUCCAAGGAUCAGCAUUGUUCUUCCAGUACACCCCACAGAUGCUUGAUUAUAUUGAGAUCUGUGGGAAACAUUAAGACCACCCACCAUAACCCAUCGAAACAUGGCCUCCACUAGACCUCUGAAGGUAUGAUGUGGCAUCUGGCACCAAGCUGCCAGUAGCUGAUCCUUUAAGUUGUGACGUGUGUCCUCCAAGAAUCGGAAAUGUUCUUCCAGUACACCCCAUAGAUGCUUGAUUAUAUUGAGAUCUGGAAACAUUAAGACCACCCACCAUAAC